UUUUGUAGCAAUGGGGAGCAAAGCAAAAGCAAUGGGGUCUAGGCUGACUCCUCUUUUUACCACCGUUUUAGUGGUAUUUGUUGCUCUUGGCUUGCCUUCAGAAACUGCAGCUGAUUACGACAAGUAUUCACCUCCUCCUCCUCCUUAUCAUUAUUACUCACCACCACCUCUUGUGCAUUCACCUCCACCAUCACCAGUUUAUAAAUCACCCCCACCACCUUAUCACUACUCCUCACCACCACCUCCAGUGUAUUCAUCUCCACCAUCACUACCAUCACCUGUUUACAAGUCACCUCCACCACCUUCGCCAUUAUACAAGUCCCUACCACCACCUUAUCGAUAUUCCUCACCACCACCUCCAGUGCAUUCACCUCCACCACCUCCUCCAGUUUACAAGUCCCCGCCACCACCUUACCAUUAUUCGUCACCACCACCUCCAGUGCAUUCACCUCCACCACCACCGAUUUACAAGUCACCUCCACCACCUCCUCCAGUUUACAAGUCUCCACCACCACCUUAUCAUUAUUUCUCACCACCACCUCCGGUGCAUUCACCCCCACCACCACCAGUUUACAAGUCUCCACCACCACCUUACCAUUAUUCUUCACCACCACCUCCUGUGCAAGCACCUCCACCACCAAUUUACAAGUCAUCUCCACCACCUCCUCCAGUUUACAAGUCUCCAUCACCACCUUACCAUUAUUCCUCACCACCACCUCCAGUGCAUUCACCCCCACCACCACCAGUUUACAAGUCUCCGCCACCAUCUUACCAUUAUUCCUCACCACCACCUCCUGUGCAUGCACCUCCACCACCAAUUUACAAGUCACCUCCACCACCUCCUCCAGUUUACAAGUCUCCACCACCACCUUACCAUUAUUCCUCACCACCACCUCCAGUGCAUUCACCCCCACCACCACCAAUUUACAAGUCUCCGCCACCACCUUACCAUUAUUCCUCACCACCACCUCCGGUGCAUUCACCUCCACCACCACCGGUUUACAAGUCACCUCCACCGGUUUACAAGUCACCUCCACCAUCUCCUCCAGUUUACAAGUCCCCGCCACCACCUUACCAUUAUUCCUCACCACCACCUCCAGUGCAUUCACCCCUACCACCACCAGUUUACAAGUCUCCGCCACCACCUUACCAUUAUUCCUCACCACCACCUCCAACGCAUUCACUCCCACCACCAGUUUACAAGUCACCGCCACCACCUCCUCCUGUUUAUAAGUCCCCUCCACCACCUCAUCAUUAUUCCUCACCACCACCUCCAGUGCAUUCACCCCCACCAGCGCCAAUUUAUAAGUCUCCCCCACCGCCUCCCCCAGUAUAUAAGUCACCACCACCACCUCCUCCAGUGUACAAGUCUCCGCCACCUCCAGUCUACAAGUAUAAGUCACCACCACCUCCUUCCCCAAUUUACAAGUCACCACCACCACCUCCUCCAGUAUACAAAUCACCUCCACCACCUCCUCCAGUUUACAAAUCUCCACCACCACCAAUUUAUAAAUACAAGUCUCCUCCACUACCUCCUCCAGUGUACAAGUCAUCACCACCACCUGCUUACAAGUCUCCACCUCCUCCAGUUUACAGUUCCCCACCACCACCAAUCUACAAGUCUCCACCUCCACCCUACCAUUACUACUACAAUUCUCCUCCUCCUCCUCGUCACUACUAAGCAAUUGUAUCCAAGUUUUUGAGGAAAAGGGAAAGAGAAUCUGUGUUUGAGAGCUUCAUGAAGAUGUUGAAGAAUAAGAAUAAAAGCCCAAUGCGAGGAUGUUUUCAAGUUUUUCUAUGUUUCCACUUUAAUUUGUAAAUUGAAUUUUGCGACUCAAUUAAUUCCCUGUUUGUGGGGUACGUAUUGUUUUACGUACCAUGCCGUACAUGUUUGUAAGGAUUUCUAUCCUAUUGGCAAAAGUC